AUGUUAGGUAAACGAGGCUUCAAGCCCGCCAGGGGUGGCGGAGGCCGCCCUUCUGGCAAGCCGAUGCGCGGCCGCGGGUUCAAGGGUGGCCGCGGCGGCGGCCCGGGCGGUAAGCGCGGCCCGGGAGGGGGCUCCGCGAACAAGGUGAUGGUGGUGCCGCACCGUUUCUCUGGCGUCUACAUCGCCAAGGGGAAGGCCGACGCCUUGGUCACGCGCAACAUGGUCCCCGGGGAGUCCAUCUACGGCGAGAAGCGCAUCCAGACGAUGAACGAGGAAUCCGAACCGACCGAGUACAGGGUGUGGAACCCCUUCAGGUCCAAGCUGGGCGCCACCAUUAUCGGCGGUGUGGCCAACAUGCCUAUUGAGAUUGGAUCCAAGGUGCUCUACCUCGGCGCCGCUAACGGCACUACGGUGUCUCACGUUUCCGACAUGGUCGGCCCUACCGGCAUGGUGUAUGCCGUGGAGUUUUCCCAUCGUUCGGCUCGCGACCUGACCAACAUGGCCAAGCGGCGCCCCAACAUCGUGCCGAUAGUGGAGGACGCGCGCCAGCCGCUGCGUUACCGCAUGCUUGUCGGCAUGGUCGACGUCGUGUUUGCUGACGUCGCUCAGCCUGACCAGGCGCGCAUCGUCGCGAUCAACGCGUACCACUUUCUGAAGCCCGGAGGGUGGUUCAUCAUUGCCAUCAAGGCGAACUGCGUGGACUCGACCGCGAAGCCUGAGGCCGUGUUUGCCGCGGAGGUCGACAAGCUGCGCAAGGAGAACUGCAAGCCCCGUGAGCAGCUCACGCUGGAACCCUACCACCGCGACCACGCAGUGGUCAUCGGGCAGUACCGCGUCAAGAAGAAGAAGGCCACAUGA